UGCUUCGUUGUAUCUACAUUUCUCCACAAAAUAAAAAAUAAUACUUGCGUGUGUGAACUCAUGGCGAACACUCUAGCUAUUCCGUCAAAAUCAUACUUAGAAAUAUGUGGAUUGGUUAAAGAAACGAGUUUCCAUAUCGCUAAAGGUGUCGCUGAAGGAUUAAAACAGAGAUUCCCCGGGACGUUUCUGGAUCCAACCAUUCACCCAUUUCUUGAAUGUGAAUGGCAUGAGUACCUCUGCAAUAAGAAAAUGGAACUGGGUGGCGAGAUGUGGAACUUCUCAAAAAACCUGUUGUGUUUUCUGAAUGGAAAACUCCUUGGUGACGAAAAGGACCUUGGCACCUGGGCUGAGACACAGUGGAACUUCACUUUCACCAGGCCACAUGCACUUGUUCUGGCCAUAGCAAAAGACCACUACUGGAAACACCUCAACAGCGCAGGGAAUCAAUUUGUCUUCAUGGAUAUUGACAUUCGCAGUGAAGGAAUUGGGAGGUUAGUGUUUGAGCUCUUCUCCAAUGUGUGUCCAAAGACAUGUAAAAACUUCCGGGCUCUGUGCACGGGGGAACUGGGUCUGUCCCAGGGGGGCCUCAUGCUGGGCUAUAGGGGCUCUCUGUUCCAUCGGGUCGUGCCCAAUGGCUGGAUACAGGGGGGAGAUAUAUCACCAGCUGGAAAAGGCGACGGAGGGGAGUCGAUCUAUGGUCCAUAUUUUGAAGAUGAGAGCUUUGCGAUUUCCCAUAAUAAACGAGGUAUUCUCGGGAUGGCCAAUCAGGGUCCCCAUAGCAACAGAUCCCAGUUCUACAUCACUAUGCAGCCAGCCCCCUGGAUGGACAAGAGUUAUGUUGCCUUUGGUCAACUGGUUGAAGGCACAGAUUUCAUGAAGAAACUUGAAGAAGUCCCUACAUGUAACGAAAGACCCAAGCAGGACUGUAGAGUGGCAGAUUGUGGAGUAUUGGAGCCAUGAUUGCUCGACUUACUUUUCUUCUUAUUUUUUCUUUCUUUGCACCAACUUUUGUAAAAUGUUGGCUAGUCUACUAUGUUGAUUAAUUAUUAUCAGAAUAAAAAACAUACGAUA